AUGACUUGCACGACAAAAAUCACAGAACUAUCGACGUCCAUCUCUAGAAACGUUGCCAAAAUCAACCGUUUCAACGAAGAAAACGACCUACCUACACAAUCCUUCGAACCUAACGCGCCGACAACCUACGAUUACCCACCUGACAUUGAAGAAGCUCGUCAAGCCGUUCUUCUUGCGACGGAUGAGUUGCACGCCCUGAUGGCGGGGCCAGCAAACGCACUGAUGGCGCCAUCCCACAACGUCCAGACGAGCAUACACGCAAUGUAUCGAUUUAAAAUCGCAAAUUCCUUCCCAGAGGGUAAAGAGGAAGUGACAUACACCGAACUAGCAACUGCUUGCGGACUGACUGGGCCUACACUACUUCGUAUUGUGCGCGAUCUCAUGGCGCAUCGUAUCUUUCGUCAGACCCCUGAUGGCAAAAUUGCACAUACCUCUGCUUCGAAGCUGUUUGCUAAUAACCAUGCAAUUCGCCAAUGGGUUGGCAUGGUGUUGGAGGAGAUGUGGCCUGCUGCUACGAAGGUAGUCGACGCACUCCAGAAAUGGCCCAACUCAGAGGAACCCAAUCAAAGCGGCUUCAAUCUUGCCCACAACGUCGAUCAACCCAUGCUCGAGUUCCUAGGCAAGGAGCCAGAGCGCGCAAAACGUUUUGCGGAGGCCAUGUCGCUUUUCAACACCAGCCCAGGCAUGGAGACAAAAUACAUCGUUGAGCACUACAACUGGACUUCUUCGGUAAACGAUCCUGUCACUGUCGUCGACGUCGGUGGCUCCCAUGGUGAUGUUGCAAUUUCUCUAGCUUGCAAGUACCAGAAUGUGACGUGCAUUGUCCAAGAUCUUCCUGAAGUUAUCGCGUCUGCAAAGAUUCCAGAGGGCCUUGAGAAGCGGUUGAGGUUUAUGGAAUAUGAUUUCUUCACGGAGCAGCCAGUAAAAAAUGCCGAUGUCUAUUUAUUCAAGUGGAUUCUCCAUGACUGGUCCGACAAAUAUUGUAUCAAGAUCUUGAGGUCUUUAAUUCCAGCUCUGAAACAGGGCGCUCGCGUCGUUGUCAACGAGCUUAUACUUCCUGAGCCUGAAACUGUUCCACUAAAUCAGGAGGCAACACUUCGAUCCUUCGAUAUCGCCAUGUGGGAAAUCCAAAAUGGCAAAGAGCGCGACAGCUCCGACUGGGAAUCCUUAUUCCAGGCCGUUGAUUAUCGUCUCCGACUUACAAAAGUCAUUCAGCCACGGGGCUCGAAACUAGGCAUCAUUGAAGCUACGUGGGACACUUGUGAGGCUUUGAAAUUGGCACAUUCUGCUUUACCUGCUUUCCAUGACCAUGAAAUAGCAAUUUAA